UCCUCCCUCCCCCAACAUGGCGCCAGCUCACACAGCUGCGCUGCCUCCUCCACGGGCGACGCAGGGAAAGAAAGGCACGGGGCGCGAGGAGGGAGCGGCGCUCAGCGUGUUUUAAGCGCCCGCCGCGACGCGAGACCUUUCGCAUUUCGAACGCACGUCACGCGUCCGGCCGUGCGCGGCGGAGCCCACCUGUCUCGAGGGCGCGAGCGGCGGAGGUAGAUCCCCGCCGUUCGUGCGAUGCGACACGCCUGACGGUCCGCCGCCGCCGAAACGACGGAGCCGCGCCGCCGCUCAGCGAGACCCGGAGAACCCGGAGAACCCGAGGCGACGGACGGCGCCUCGUCGGACCUCGCCUCCGCCGAAGAUGCGCAGUCGGCCGGGAAGAAGUGGCGCAAAGGCCGGGGAGUAGCGCGUCUGUGCGGGUGAGGAAAACGACCGUUUCAGCCCGCUCGUCGAGGAUGGACGGGGGACACUUCGCGCUGUCGGCGGCGGCGGCGGACGGAGACCGGGAGAAGCUGCCGCCAAUCAACGCCGCCUCCCCCGCGCCGGGUCUGGGUCGAGGAGCAAAGCCGGCGUUCCCGUCCCUGGGCACCUUCAUCUCCACGCUGGGCCAGAGGAGGGAGGCCGGCUGGCGGGGUCUGACGGGUGGCAUAGCUGGUCCUCUGCCUGGCAGCCCGGGGGGGAGACACGUGAGGGAGCUUCCACCUAUCUCCAGUGACGUUCGUCAGAAGCAGAGAGUCUCCAUUGAUACGCUGCCCCCGGAGGUCAGGGCCCCGUUCCCCUCGGAUCCCAUCAUCCCCCUUCGCACCAAAACCACCAAGGAGUUCCAGGAGGAUGUGGAGCAUGCUGUGCAGUCUGGUGACUGGAGGGAGGUCAGGGAGUUUUACUUGACCACCUUCGACUCCUUCAUAGAGAUUAAUGCAGCCUUCAAGAGGGAGGCGAAUGGACUUUAUAACACCAUAGACGACUCAGGGGUCAAUGCCAAGUUUGUCAACGCUGUUUAUGAUGCCCUUCUCGGCACACCUCAGGACAUCCAGAAGUCCGUAUUGAAGGGGAUUAUCAACAGUCUGCUCAGGGAGUGGAAAGGGCCUCGAACCAAAGAUGACCUUAGAGCCUAUUUCGUCCUGGUUCAGAACCCCCAGUACUCCAGCACCAGUACCUAUGUUAUCUACGCCCACCUCCUGCGACAGAUAGCAGCCCUCUCCGAGGCCGACCACCACUUCCUGGUCCACUGGCUCAAAAAACUCUCGGCACGGCGGUUUAAACAGUUGGUAGAGCGCCUCCUGCAGUUCAUCUCCACUCGUCUUUUCCCUGCUGAGCCGGACGACCUUCCUCCUCUAGCCAAGUGCUCCUGGUGGAUUCCCUCUGCAACCAAAGUCCUGGGCCUCUUCAAUGCGGCUAACAGUGUCUCCUCUCCGCCCAUCAUGCCUUUCACUGACUUCUACAACAUCACACUGGAGCACAUAGACUACAUGGAACAGUACAGGAUCUGGCAGAGCCACGGCAACUCGAACAAGUUUUCCUUCUGCCAGUUUCCUUUUAUACUCUCCUCUGUGGUGAAGAAGGCCAUAAUCCAGAGAGACUCUGAACAACAGAUGAUCAGUGAGGCCCGGCAAAGCCUGGUGAGUAAGGUCUCUCGCAGACAGAGAGUGGACAUGAACCUUCUGUUCCUUAACAUCAAAGUACGACGAGCACAACUCCUCAGUGACUCUUUGGAUGAGCUCACGAGGAAGCGGUGUGACCUAAAGAAAAAGCUGAAGGUGACGUUUGUCGGGGAAGCGGGGCUUGAUAUGGGGGGGCUGACCAAGGAAUGGUUUCUACUGCUGGUCAGACAGAUUUUUCACACAGACUAUGGUAUGUUUACCUACUUGAAGGACUCAGGCUGCCAUUGGUUCAGCAGCUGGAAAUGUGACAACUAUUCUGAGUUCCAGUUGGUUGGGACUCUGAUGGGCCUGGCUGUCUACAACAGCAUCGCUCUUGAUAUCCACUUCCCACUCUACUGCUACAGGAAGCUUCUGACCCCGCCCACUGUGCCAUGUGACCAGAACACCCCUGUUGGCAUGGCAAAUGCUACCCUCGAGGACCUGCAUCAGAUAAUGCCGGAUCUAGCUCAUGGUUUUGGAGAGUUGCUAAGCUACGAGGGAAACGUAGAGGAAGAUAUCUACCUCACUUUCCAGGUAUCCCAGGAAGAGAUGGGCGUGGUGAGGUCUUACAAUCUGAAGCCUGGAGGAGACAAGAUACCUGUGACCAAGCAUAACAGGAAGGAGUACGUCCAGCUCUACAUAGACUUUCUGCUGAACAAGUCUAUCUGUAAACAGUUUGCUGCCUUCUACCAUGGCUUUCACAGCGUGUGUGCUUCUGACGCACUCAUGUUGCUUCGACCAGAGGAGGUGGAGAUGUUGGUGUGUGGCAACCCAGAGCUGGACAUGAGUGCUUUACAAAGGGAGGCUCAGUACGAAGGCUACAGACAGACUGACACCACUGUGCGUUGUUUCUGGGACGUGGUGCUGGCCUUCCCUUUGGAGCUUCAGAAAAGGCUCCUUCACUUUGCGACAGGAAGUGACCGUGUCCCAGUGGGAGGGAUGGCCGACCUCAACUUCAAAAUCACCAAAAUAGACGUCCCAACUGACUGGUUGCCCGUCUCUCACACCUGUUUCAAUCAGAUCUGCCUGCCUCCAUACCGAAACAGGAAGGAACUCAAACACAAGCUCACCAUCGCCAUCUCCAAUGCCGAGGGCUUCGGCCUUGAGUGACAAGAACACAUGACAAGAUCUCACACACACACACACACACACACACACACACACACAUUGACCCCCCCCAACACACACACAUGGACAAACACGCCCAAAAAUACACACCCCAUAUGUACACACAGGCAGACACAUGCAUACUGUAUGCACACACACACAACCACAUACACACACAUUUAGGAACACACACACAAAGACCCCACACACAUUCUGUACAUAUGAACACACAUACACACUCGAAAACACUCAGGUAUACAAAUGCACACUCAGGCACUGCACUCACACAAACAUAUAACUUACACACUGCACACUUGGACAUGCACGCAACAGUACACACACACCCCUAGCACCUCACACACACACACACACACAC